CUUGUCUGGGAAACGAGCCUUCUAUUAAAUAACGGGUAGAAGGGAAUCUUUUCUGUGAUUUGUCCUUUACCAUGUUUUCUUGCUUGCUUCUGAAACAGAUCCUCUUCACGGUAUUAACAGGUACCUUCAAAUCAUGUGCUGUGACUGUUAUACAAGGAAAAGUGGGUGAAACCAUCACGCUACCAUGUCAUUAUUCAGUUGAGAGUUAUGGACUCACAUAUACUUGUUGGGGACAAAGUUGUCCUUCAGUGGGUAGUUGUCCCAAUAAAAUGAUCAGCAUUAAUAAACAGCUGGAGAUAGAUGAGCAAUCCCAAAAAUACCAUCUAAUGGGAAAUGUUAAUCAUGGAGAUGUAUCUCUGACCAUUGCCAACAUAACAGAAGAUGAUGUGGGAACAUAUUGUUGUCGUGUGGAGAUACAAGGCUUGUUCAAUGAUGAGAAAAAGCAUUUUAAAUUACUGAUCAAGGAAGCAUUGCUUCAUACAACCCCUAUACAUUUCAGUAAGUCUAAUUUUGUUUCUGAACCCAGAUGGGCAUUCACUACUGAAUCUCCGCUCGAUAAUAUUUCAUUCCAUAUGUCUGUAACGGCAAAGGAGCCAAGGAAGAAUGAACGCCCUUGGAUAGGCCUAUAUAUUGGUUUUGGAAUAGGUGCAAUUCUAUUCAUCAUUAUAGUCCUGCUAAUUGUAAAGUGUUAUCUACACAAGAAGCAGAAGAUAAUUAAUUCUACAAGUCAGGUGGCAUUUUCAAAUUCAGCAGCAGGAGGGAUUCAGCAUAUUUUCAGAGCUGGUGUCCAUGCGCCGGAAAAUAUUUAUGAGUGCAGCUGAAGAAUCAUGUUAGCGGAAUCAUGUCAAAGAAGGCACUCUGUUUGGAGCAGCGUAUUUAUCAAAGAGAUCAUGAAAUAGGCAUAUAUAGGUUUAAGCUUUUGUGUAUAUUAAUGUGCAUCAGAUUAAUCUACGCAGUAUGAGGCAUGAUACUGUCUUCCAAUCUUGCAGUAGAAAUCUUGU